CUUCUUCCAAUCUCAGAUCUUUCAUGUCCUUUCACUUCCAAAUUGGCGCCGUAGUGCACUGCAAACUAGCAUUCGCAGCAAUUCUAUUUACAAAACUUAAUCUUGCUCAAAUAAUCAGAUAUCAGCGUACUUUAUCUAAACUUUUUUUAAGAUGACUCUCAAAGUUUUUGCGGAUCGUAUGUCGCAGCCUUCUCGAGCUGUGAUUUUAUUCUGCAAGCUUAACAAAAUCAAUUUCGAGGAGGUUAGAAUUGAUCUUUUUAAGCGCCAGCAUUUUUCUCAAGAAUUUGCUGAGAUAAACCCACUGCGGCAAGUUCCUGCAAUAGUUGAUGGAAGAUUUAAGCUGUAUGAAAGCCAUGCAAUCCUUAUUUAUCUAUCUUGUGCAUUUCCUGGAAUAGCUGAUCAUUGGUAUCCUGCUGAUGUUUCUAAGAGAGCUAAGAUCCAUUCAGUGCUGGAUUGGCAUCACUUGAAUCUACGUUAUGGAGCAAUGAGAUAUGUUGUAAAUACUACACUUGGCCCAGCACUUGGCAGACCAUUAGAUUCUCAAGCUGCUGCUAGAGCUGAAAAAGUAUUGGAUUCGUCCUUGGCGACAAUUGAAUCAGUCUGGCUCGAGGGGAGUGGAAAGUUCCUACUAGGUAGUAAAUCGCCAUCUAUAGCUGACCUGAGUCUUGUCUGUGAGAUCAUGCAGUUAGAGGUUUUGGAUGAGAAGGAUCGUGCUAGGAUACUAAAUCCAUACAAGAAGGUUCGAGCUUGGAUUGAAGCUACAAAAGUUGCAACACAUCCCCAUUUCGAUGAUGUUCAUGGAGUUCUCUUCAGAGCCAAGGCAAAAUUUCAGAAGCAAAGAGAACGUGAUUUAACUGCAGCCAGUUCUAAUGCAAGAUUGCAUUCAAAGAUGUAAAAGAUGGUGAACAUUGACUAUUGCUCUUUGCUUGCAACUUUAUUGUUGAGAAGUAUUAAUUCUAUAUGAUAUUGCUUACAUUAUAACUUUUGAAUGGACAUAGAUGAUAUCAUGAUAUUAUAAUGCCUUUCCCCA